CCCCAGCAGCACUAGAGAGGGACGGGGCAAGCAGCAUUGAGCCGAAGCUGGAGCUGGAAUCGGAGCCCAGAGCUCCAGAGCCCGGGUGGCCACGUCCAGUGCCACGGUGGAACCAAGGUGUGGGGUGGCGGUGAGGGAGAUGUGGAGGUCUUCUGCCAGAAUGCGAGAGUGAACCUCGGCAUCUGAGGUCCUGGCACGGUCCCCUGCGUUCCAGCUCUCCCUCUGGGGCCAGGCAAACACCCAGGCGGGACGCCCCCGCGGCGCCCCGGGCUCCCAAGAGUCUGUUUCUUGUCCCCGACAGCUACCUGACUAAAUAACCUGGGGACUUGAGCUGGAGCCGCAGAAGGGGCACGAACGCCUAGGGGAAUUGCCUUUACCUGCCUGCUCCAGGGAGUGUGGGCAGCCUAAGGUUUGUUGCACGGAGGGACUCGGUGUUAAGGGAAUCCCCUCUUUGGCCUCUUUCCUCCCUCCCACCUGUUCCAGGUGAACUCACCGCCCGCCGGUCAUCCACUCCUAGUGAGCCUCUGCUAUUCUCCUAGAGGCGACAUUUCGCCCCUAGGGGUCCUCUGCCCGCUGGACUUGUCAUGUCGUCCGUGUUUGGCAAACCCCGGGCUGGGAACCUUGGUCCUGAGCGCCUGGUACACAGUUCGAUCCCCGAGGUUAACGUGGCCAUCCUGGGUUGCAGAGGAGCCGGGAAGUCUGCUUUGACCGUGAAGUUCCUGACCAAGCGGUUUAUCAGUGAAUAUGAUCCCAAUUUGGAAGACACCUAUACCUCAGAGGAGACUGUGGACCAGCAACCAGUCCUGCUGAGAGUGAUGGACACUGCCGAUCAGGUGAAGAAGCAAGACCCGGAGCAGUCAUCAGGCCUUCUCUGGAUAGUCACUAGUGAAAGGGAACUCGUUAUCUCUCAAGGCAAUGGGGAUGUCCCCAGAAACUGUAAACGCUACCUAAGCUGGGCCCACGCCUUUCUCGUUGUCUACAGUAUUGAUGACCGGCGAAACUUUGAGGGUUGUAGUCAAUACCUGGAGAUCAUCACCCACCAUGCAAAGGAGACCCAGCAUGACUCCCCUGUGCUGCUUCUAGGGAACAAGCUGGACAUGGCCCAGUACCGGCAAGUCACCAAGUCAGAGGGCAUGACUCUGGCUAGCAAGUUUGGGUUUAUGUUCUACGAGGUCUCUGCCUGCCUGGAUUUCGAAGCCGUGCAGCACGUGUUCCAUGAAGCCAUCCGGGAGGUACGGAGGGAGCAGGAGAGGAACGCACCCACCCGGCCUCUUUUCAUCUCUGAGGAAAGGUCCAUCUUCCAUCAGGCCCCCCUCACUGCCAAGCAUGGCCUGCCUAGCUGCACCUUCAACACCCUUUCUACUGUCAACUACAAGGAGAUGCCUACUGUGGCCCAGGCCAAGCUGGUGACGGUCAAGUCAUCCCGGGCCCAGAGCAAGCGCAAGGCUCCCACCUUGACCCUACUAAAAGGCUUCAAGAUCUUCUGAGAUCCUCGCCAUCCACCCCCACCCCCACUGCAAGGGGCAACUAUAUGAGAGGCAAAAAAAAGGGGCAGUAUGAGUGGGAGCAAACCUAGGGACAGCUAAUAGAACUGUGCCCAUCAGUUCAGCCUGUCAGGAUGAAGGGACGGAGCCCUUUGGGGCAGACUCUCCCCCUGACUGAGUGGUUCCCACUCCCAGCCCCUCCCCCCAAUUUACUUCUGGAAUGAGAGUUCUGGGGUGGUUGGCACUGAGAUAGUUCAGCUUGACUGGGGCAGCUCCCCACAAAGCAGUUCACAGCCCCCUUGUCUGGAGAGCGGACCGUGUGUGUGUGAUUGUGCGUGUAUGAUCUUGCUCCUGCAAUCCAUGAAAUUCCAGUUUCCAAGGCAACUGAAGCAGCUGUGACCUUGGAGGAGAACAGCUGUGGGCUGUGGAAGGCAAAGGCAGAGUCUGAGGCCGGUCUCACAAACAAGCGGAGUGAAACUUGAGGAAUCUCUGCCUUUGAGGUCGAGUUCAAAGGCUCUGUACCUCUUCCCCACCCUCUACCCCCACCCCACUUCCUGCCUCCCUCCCUAACUUUAGGAGUUACAGUGGCCAGAUGUGGUCCCUGAAAUACAACCAGAAGCUGGGCUCUUUGCUACAAAGUAAAAGAUUCUGACUCUCUACCUAUGGGGGAAAACUUUGGGCUUUGAGCGACCCCUGGUGGAAGGCAAGAGAAGAGCAACUGUUGAAUUUGGCCAGUCGUAUGGAGGCGUUGGUUUGUGGUCCAUACCCAUGAAGGGCCAGAGGCCAAACAGUAUGGUGCCUGGCACAUGAUAGGGGCGUGAUUGAAACACAGCGUGUGCCCCUCCAUUUUGGGUUAAAAUAGACCUUCCAAAGAUGACUUGAAGAGAAAGCAAGAAAGCUCAUAGAGAAAUGCAGUCUGAAAAGUGUAUGUGGAAGAAGGAAGAGUCCUUAUUUAUUCUUAGGUGACAGUGGAGAGUUUGCAGGCUGAAUGUAUAUGGGUAUAUGAAGCACUGUUUGGGGUUUUUUUUGCUUUUUUUUUGUUUUUUAGCAUCCAUUUCCACCUUAUUCUUUUCCAUCUUUGAGUCGCUCUCCAGACGCCAUAUGGGAUCUUCCAAUAGCCUUACUCAGGACAGAGUCUCCCACUGACGUCAUACUAGCAAAAAAAAAAAAAAAAUCCUUAAGGGAAAGAACACCCAGCACUAAAAA